UAGCUUCCUAACAGUCAGCCCAGAAGAUUAUCAAUAUCCCUCUUUCGUCUAGACGUGUGGAGGACAAAAUGAUAUGGCAUCUAGAGAAGGAUGGUGAGUAUUCGGUUCGGUCGGUGUAUCAUGCUAUUAUGAAUUCUAAAGCUAGUAAAAAACCUAGCCCCUCGAGGAUGCCUUGUAACAAGCUGUGAAGAAGAACUGGCACGCCCCGAUCAUCACAAGAAUAGGCAAUUUUCUGUGGAGGAUAGCGAAAAAUAUUCUUCCAACAAGAGACAAUCUUUCCAGAAAAGGCAUCAGCCUGGACUCUUCCUGCCCUUUGUGCCAUGUUGAGAAAGAAAUUUAUCCUGAUGUUGUGCACCAUGCUGCAUAAAACUUGGUUGGCACGAAAUAAUGCGGUUUUCAAUCAGAAAUCUCAAGACCCGGUUGGAGUGGCGGAUGAUGCGUUAUUUGGAGUGGUUGAGUACAAUAGGUGGAACUCGAAGGAAGACUCAGGUGGGGGUGAACCUACUGUGGCUAGAAAUUGGCCCAAUGAUGUCCACACUGUUCAGGUUGAUGCGGGGGUGAGUCCUAAUGGAACCAUAGCCUUCGGGGGUUUAAUUCGGGAUCAUGAGCGGAAGAUUAUUAUUGUUGCGAGUAAGAAAGAGUAUAUGAUGGUGGAACCACUUGUUGCUGAGUUGCCUGCAAUUCGUUGGUGUCUUGGUGUUGCUAUGGAGAUGAAGCUUGACAGGAUUCUCCUGCAAUCUAAUGCUCUUGAAGUUGUAGACUGCAUUAAUGGUUGUCAGCAUAUUGCCGCGUUUGAGCAUAUUGCUGAAGACUGUAGACUGGGUUUGAAUUCUUUUAAGUUUGCUGUUGUGAUGUUUAUUCCUCGAAACAUAAAUGUUGAUGCUCAUAACUUAGUAGGGAUAGGGAAGAGGAUAGGUUCUAGGGCUUGCCUUGGUUCCUAUCCUAUAGAGAUUCCUGUUGUAUCAAACUCUCUUUCGAUUUCUCCUGUUAAUUGAAAUUUGGUUUUCCCGUAAAA